AUGACCAAACCAGGUGACUACAGUGAGGCUGUCCUUACGACCCUACUCGAUACAAGUGUUGCCAAUGUAAACCGCCUAAUAACUACCCCUUCUGGCGAUACUACGCCCCUGAUUCUAGCCAUCAAGGCCAGAAGUCGGCGAGCAGUACAACUCCUCACAGACCAUGUUACAGACAUCACGAUUCCGGUAGAGCGUAAUGGGCAUCGUAUCACUCCUGUUCUCCAAGCCGCCGCGUGCCAUAGCCCAGAAGAGGUCGAAAUCCUCCAGCAACUGCUCACCGAAGCGAGUUCCAAGGAGAGGACGGCGGCCGACAUCAGCCUGGCUCAUAUUGCUGCCCUUCAUGGGCACUUUGACUCUCUGCAACUCGUGCUGGAAUAUGGUGCCGACGCUAACGGCAUAGCGAAGGACAGAAUCACUCCUCUACAUGAAGCCGCGAGCAACACAGAUGAGGAAAAGGCUGGCCGAGAGAGAUCCGCGAGUAGCGGAAGUUUCGCAGGAUAG